AUGAAAACAAACUCACGUAGCAAAGAAACUGGACCAACAAUCAAUAUCACAGUUUCCUUCCCUCCCGAUAUCUCAGCAAUGAACCUCAUCGAUCGCGCUCUCUCCAAAACACGUAUCACGGGGAAAGCAUCGAGAGUGCCGAACGCAUUUAUCGCGUAUCGCACCGCAUUCUGCAAGGAACUCCAACAAAUACAACAUCCAGUUAUCACCCAACCACAACUUUCUUUAAUUGCCAAAGACUACUGGUCCAAAGAACCAGAAAAUGUUCGACGAGAAUACGAGAGAAUCGCUGCCGAGGCGAGAAAUUUGUACAAACAAAUUUGCGUGGAUCAAAAAUUAAUCCAAAAGAACCAAGAUGUUGAUAAGUCUUUCGAAAAUUCUCAUUUGAAUGUGGCUGAACAGUAUAAUGACCUGGCGCAUGAUCCAAGUUCAUGGCAGAUUACACCGCAAAAUUUGAAUUUCUCUCCGGCUGACAGAGAAUCCGAGCCUUCUUCUCAAGAUGAAACUUCUAUUAUCAAUAAUAACCAGCAACCUGACGGAAAUUUUGUGCUAUAUAAUUUGACGAACGAUCCAAGUUCUUUUUCUGAUUCUGAUAUCCAACUUGACGAAAAUCUUAUGAGCCCUGAUUCUAUUUCACAAUAUAAUCUCGAAACAACUGUCUUCAGUUCGACCAACGAAAAUUUUGACGCUUCGUUCGACUUUUCAUCGUUUUUUCCCGAUGAAAAUUUCACGGUUUCACCGAGUUCUAAUUCGAGUUCCAGUCCCGACUUUUUAGAAAAAUCUUCUACGAAUGGAUGCGAGCACUGUAAAAAAAAGACAGAAAUUUUAGAGAGGCGUAUAAGAGAAUUAGAAGAAAGAAUAAUUGCAUUAACGGACUCAAUUUACCAUUUUAAAAAUUUAAUCUAG